AUGGGGUUCACCAUUCGUCAGGCGACGAUAGAGGACAUCCAGGCGAUGCAAAAUGCCAAUCUCCACAAUCUUCCCGAAAACUACCAGUUGAAAUACUACAUGUACCACAUUUUGUCAUGGCCUCAAGCUUCAUUUGUCGCCACUACCUACGAUGAUGUCGAAGCCGACGAUGGUGCCGAAGACGGCGACCUUGCCGCUCCCAUAAUACCGGUAGACGCCAAAGGUGACACUGCUUACAUUGGUAAAGGGGAAAAGAUUGUUGGCUACGUGUUGGGGAAGAUGGAAGACGACCCGGAAGCCGACGACAAGACUCCUCACGGGCACAUCACCAGUUUGCUGGUGAUGCGGACGUACAGACGGAUGGGUCUCGCUGAAAAAUUGAUGAGACAGCUGUUGUACGCCAUGUGUGAGCUGUUUGGCGCCAAGUACGUGUCGUUGCACGUGCGGAAACUGAACCGGGCCGCGUUGCACUUAUACCGUGAUCUGUUGGCGUUCCUGGUGACUCUGAUCGAAAAGGGGUACUACCAAGACGGCGAAGAUGCCUACGCCAUGCGUCUCGACUUGGUGUUGGACGAUCUCUUGCCGCUGAAGGCCCAGCAUGCCCCCGUGGACGACUUGACCCUGGACUUACUCGCGUGA